CAAUUAUCAUUGGCAUAGCUAUAGUCUAUAGAGUAUAGACUAUACUAUCGCUAAGCCAUUCAGCACUGAAAUCAAUGUAAAACAGUGUACUAAUAGACCGAUUGUCGAUUGUGUCGACUUAACGAUCAAUAACUAAACAAAUGGUUACUUUUAUUCAUACUUUUACUUCAAUUAAUUAAUUGUUUGACAGUUUUUAAUAUUGUUUUUCAAACUAAUUAAAAGCCAUUAAUAAUAUUACAGUUUAUAUGUUUGUAUUGACUGAGCAUUGAAUUAGCGCUUAAACAUCGAGUGUCUGACUGUUUGAACGAUCGAUACUAUUAUGUUAUUAUGAGAGGAGAGAAAACUUCAUUAGUUUUUCAAAACAGUCAAACAUUUUUCAUAUGAUUUUUGUUUAUUACUUGAAAUACAUAAACAACUAUCACUUGAUUUGGUCACACAUUUUACACAUCAAUAUCUGUGCACUGCUUUUGGUCACUACUCUGAAGACUAAUCGCUAAACGAUUGCAUGAUUUGUGACAAGAAAUCCGUGAAAAUUGUAAUUAUAUUUAACCGAUAAGUUUGGUUAAUCAGAUGAUUGGUGUAAUGGACCAGUUGUGGUGAUCAUUAAAUGAUGAACAUUAUUAAUCAAACGAGUGUUAAGGAGGAUAAUCACAAUCAAAGUAAAUCAACGCAUCACCAGAAAGUGCUGUUUGACUAUCAGAGCAAACAGUUAUGGCCUGAGGAGGACUCCGAAGAGGACAUGGAUUACGUGCCCAACGAUGAGUUAACUAGUGAUCAGUCACUUGCAUCGCCCAUACGUGACGACAGUAUGCAAACUAACUCAGGCAGCAGUAAUAGGACAGAUCUACUGAAUCAAUCAGUUUUGGCCAAUAAUGGUGUUAGUGGUGAUCGUGUGAUACCAACUAUUAAAAUAUUGAAAAAUAAAAGGAAAAAUAGCAAGAAGUGGUCAAUUGUUGGCGACACUGUACCCACCGAUUGCCAGAGCAAUGGCAACAAAGAUAACGGCGCCAAUGAUAACACCAAUGGUGCUGUUUUAGCGCCCAAAAAGAGGGGCCGAAAGCCGGGAACCAAAUUUGUUAACGGAUACGGCGGCCGACCGACCAGUUCAGCUGACAAAUCAAAUAAAAAGAGAAAGAAUAUGUCUAAUGAUAGAAAACAAUUGGAAAAAGAUUAUAAACACAAAUGUAUUGUCGAUGAGAGCGAAAAUAAGUCGAAAAAAUUGGUCACUAAUUGGAGGUUUACUUGUCUUCUCAAAGAAGUGGAUCACGACUUUGAGCAGAAAUUACCAAAAGAGAUACUCAUCAGAAUCUUCGACUAUGUCUUGGUUGACGACAAAAACCGGACACAAUCUAUGAUUAAUUUGUCUCAGGUGUGCGAAAGUUGGCGCAAUUUAAUCACAACGACACCACUUCUAUGGAAAAGUCUUGAUUUGCAGACAUUCAGUGAAGUGGACUUUGCCUACAAUGACUUAUUUGCUAUUUUAAAUGAAAAUGAAUUGUUCGACCACUUGAAGGCACUGAACCUGAGCUCAUGGAACGGGUCUAACGCUGAACGGGUAUUGGAUGAGAUUGCUGUCAGAUGUGCCGAUCGUCUCAAUGAAUUGACACUUAAGAAUUGCAAGAAUAUAUCGUCACAAUUCCUCACAACACUCAGUACAUACUGUCCUAAUAUUAUUAUACUUGACAUCUCUGCCAUUACGGCCGCCUCACACCAGAACAGUCAAAGUCCUUUUGCAACGACAGUGUUUCGGCCAUAUCUGGAAAAAUGUGGCAAUAAUUUGAUUUCAUUAAACAUUUCUGAGAAUACUAUGCCUUCAUUUCAUGGAUGUAUUACAUCGAUAAUGGAUUUUUGUCCAAAUUUGCAAUUAUUGGACAUAUCAAAUGUGGAAUCGCUAACAAAGACAGCGUCCAUACCCGUAGAGAAAAUACAAACUUCAUGUCCUAACUUACGUAUAUUUCGUGCCGCAAACAUUGCGUUUACGGUAUCGACGUCUGGAUCACAAACGGACGGUUUUAAAGCACUAGAAGAACUGAGUAUACCAUCAAAAUCAGACUUUUCGACAGCAAUCAUGCAAAACGCACACACAGAUAAUGUUUUGGAACAAUUGACCAAAAAUGCCGAAAAUCUUAAACUAUUGGAUAUUCGUGGCGCACGGUAUCUAUCGCACAGAGCUCUGGUCAAAAUUCCCGCCUGGAAUAUACAGCAUCUGUCAAUUAGCAAUUGUCCAAAACUUAAUACGGAUCAGCUCGAGAUGGUCUUUACUAAGUGGAACCGGUCAUUAAUAGACGUUGACUUGUCGUGGAAUACCAGUGAAGAUAGUGUGACCUCUUGUAUUAAAUUGUUGUGUGAAGUGGGCAAAGAAGAAUCACAGCUGCGAACACUUCAACUCAGAGGAUCAGCCGUUUCUUAUGAAUGCAUAAAAAUUCUGUUUAAAAGUUGUCCUAAAUUAGAGUCAUUGGAUCUCCAAUCAUGUCGUGGUUUGCCCAGAGGUAUAAAGAGGUCAUAUUCUGGUGAAGAGCUUAUUUUAUUAAAGAAUGAAGUAUUGGAGGGAAAGUAUGAUUGAAUGCAAAGUAUAGCUUAAUAUUAUCGAUAAAAAGUACCGGUAAUACAAAAAAAUGAAGAAAAUUAUA